UAAUUAUGCUUCUCCUUUUUUAGAAAAGAAGCAAACACCAAUCAUCGGAGAAUGCAGGUUGGGCAACUUCUUUCUGCAGUUAAACAGCAGCCUUUUCAAAGGGAAAUGGGGAGACUGACAGAUCUAGGAACUUGACACAAUAGAACUGGUCAGUGAGUCUUGGGAUUUCAUUUUCAACUCUCACAAAAGGAAGAGGAUCCCUGGGAUCUCCUGGAGAACCCAGAUUUUCUAGCAGAGAGAUUCCCCCGUUAAGGAAACCAGGACCAUGAGGAUUUUCUCUGUUUUGCUUUGGAUUCUUUUCUCAGGCUGCUGGGCGGUGACGGGCCCCGGGACAGUGCGCGGGCGCCCGGGCGGGUCGGUGGCCGUGCGGUGCCGGUACCGGAGCGGCUUUGAGGAUUAUCCGAAGUUCUGGUGCCGGGAAGGAGGAAGCUGGCACUGUUCCAACGGGGUUCACAUCGUGGAGACCAGUGGGUCGGAGGCCGAGGUGACGCGGGGCAGAGUCUCCAUCCGAGACAAUCGCGCCCUGCGCGCCUUCACCGUGACCGUGGAGAACCUGACACCGGCAGACGCCGGCACCUACCACUGCGGGGUAGAGAAGUUUGGGUUUGAUCCCAGGACCCCUGUGGAACUCGCCGUCUCCCCAGGCUGCUGGGCAGUGACGGGCCCUGGCGCAGCACAUGGCCAGCUGGGCGGCUUGGUGUCUGUGCGGUGCCAGUACGGGGCAGGCUAUGAGGCUUAUCCAAAAUUCUGGUGCAGACGCAAAGUUGUGCUGUGUUUCAAUCACCUCAUCUUUGAGACCAAUGGGUCGGAGGCUGAGGAGACAUGGGGCAGAGUCUCCAUCCGUGACAAUCACACCCAGCAUGUUAUCACAGUUACACUGGAAAACCUGACGCUGGCAGAUGCGGGGACUUACCUCUGUGGGGUAGCCAGGAUUGGCCUCCCUAAUCCCAGGGACUCUGUCGAAGUCAUCGUCUCCCCAGCUGCAGCUCUUCCUCCUUCAAUCCCAAUGGAAAAGGCACCACAGACAACAGAUCAGCCAGCUGCUCCUCCCUUCACACGGAUUUCCACGAGAAGCCAUGUAUCUAGCUCAUGGACGUCCUCAAGUAACAGCUCCUUGGACAGCAGUGAUGUCCCAGCACAAUCCCAACCCAACAUCCUCUAUCCCUUGUUCCUGAUCGUCCCCGUCUUCCUGUGCAUAGUCUGUGCUGUGAUCUGGGUGAGCGUACAGUACCGGAGGAACUCCAGGGAGAUGGUGCCAAACAGACAUGCUGAGGAAUUGCCCCUCUCCUAACUUAGGAAUGGGUCAGAAUCCGCAGAAGAAGGAUGCAUCCCUCAGCUCUGCCCACAUCAUAAGUCCACAGAGUGGGCCUGACUUUCCUCUCAUGUAAACAAACUAUUUUCUCCACAUUCUUAGGGGACAAUCUCCUGCAGGUGUCUGUCUCUGUGGUUCCCAUGUCUAGACUCAGUUCAACAUCAUAAACAUAAUGAAUGGCUGGCAAGAAAAAAGGGGGAGGUGGGUAUUCUUGCAGCCAUCUUAGGUGGCCCAGCGCUGAUGGUGCUGCAGAAUUUACUCCCAGAAAAAGGACGGAGUUUUCCAAACCUGGCACAAGCCCUUGACACAUCAUUUGGAGCUAGCCAUCAAUCUGAGCUGGCUCGGACACAGCUAAGAGCUAGGAGAGGGAAAGCAGUAACCCCACCUGAAGUGGUAGAAGACCUACGGAGACUUGUGUUCCUGACAUACUCAGCUAGCACCGUGGCCUUCCAGGAUCAAUUGGCAAUGGACCAUUUAGAGAUGCUCAGCUGGACUUGUUAGUCUGUAUUCGCAAAAAGAAAAGGAGUACUUGUGG